UAAAAAAUUGCAAUUACAAAUUGUAUACAACUACUACUCCAGCGCCGCCUCCACCAGCCCUGCCCCAGCGGCAGCGCCUCCAAAAUUUAAUCUAGCAACUAAAAAUCGAACCACUUUCAACACAGGAAUUGGCACCAGCACCGGCCCUCUCAUUCUCCGAAUGGCAAGAAGAGUCGCAGGGAUAUGCGAUGUUUGCCAAAGCGAUGCCGGUUUCACCAAAGAAAACGACGGCUUCUUCUACUGCGUUGACUGCAGCUCACAAGCCGAAGAUAUCCGCGACGCUGGGAUCGAUGAGGAAGGUGUUUUCUCUCAAUACACUCCCCGUUUCUCCCGCGCCCGCCCUUCCAGGGCACCUGCUGCUGCUACUGAACCCGUCUCUCAGGUCAAAUCCGCCAUGUCUCAGCAUCUGGACCGUUCUCACUUUGUGGACAACAUGGAAGAAGAUAUAAAUGAGCCUAAUGAGCCAAGGGACUUUGCCACUUCGCUGAAAAAUUAUAGCUUAGAUGAUUAUUACACUGAUAUUAGGUCUAGAUAUUUGAAGGGGCUUCAGUUGAUGAUGCAAUUGCAAUCCCAGGCUUUGGUUGAGAAAUUUGGUGUUAGCCCUUUAAUUGUUGGGCUUGUUGGUCCUCUAUGGUUUCGUUAUUUGGCUUCGACUAAAGUUCUGGCUGAUGGAUGGGCAGACCGUGCUGUUCAGGAUUCCGAGACCCAGGUGCAAGGGGAAGAGGAUGAAUUUAAGCCCAGUCUUAACAAACCGUGGGAAGAACCUGUUAAUAUUUAUGGGAAGCGCUUAGCAUAUGUAUGGUAUAAAUCUCUGAAAAUUGCAUUGCCAAUACCUUGUUCUUUAGCUAUCUCCCUACUGGUUUGCCAUUUGGCUAGGGAGCCAAUUUUGCCUACUGACAUAUUGAAGUGGGCUCAUGAGGGUAAGCUUCCAUAUAUUUCUGCAUACAUUGCGAUUGAGAAGCAGCUUGGAUCUUGCACCCAGACAUGUCCAAUCACUGCCAGGCGUAUGUUCAGACCUGUGGUAGUAAUGUCAUCACAGAAAUUGGAAGCAAUGGCAGCUGGUAUUGCCCUGAAAAUUGGAUUGAAAUUGCCUCCUGUGAACUUCUAUUCAAUUGCUUCACGCUAUCUUAGGAAGUUAUCACUUCCAACUGAGAAAUUACUUCCUUCAGCCUGUCACAUAUAUGAAUGGUCUAUGCCUUCUGAGUUGUACCUAUCAGCUAAUGAGGCUCGGAUUCCUACUCGUGCAUAUGUCAUGUCAAUACUGAUUAUUGCUAUAAGGAAACUCUUUGACAUAAAUGGCUAUGGAGUAUGGGAAUCUAGUUUGUCUAAUCCCUGCUCCUCAUCAUCUCGGGUUAAAAAUGGAGAUAAUGAGUCUCGGAGCCAUUUGAAUGAGACUGAGACUGCUGAUGAUGUCUCAUCUUCCCACGAUGUGAAGACUUCUGGUACUAAGGAUCGUGAUUUGAGUGCUAUGGAGAUUUUGCAGAUUAUUGACGCAAAAUAUUAUGAACUUUCUAAUAAUACAUACGAAUAUUCUCUUGACUUGGCUACAUACCUCCAAUAUUGCAAGGACGUGGUUUUCUCACGCCCGUCAUUCGAGGAUGUUGAAGACGAAAAGCUAAUAGACGAGCUCUGGGCAUUUUAUCAGAAUAACAAGGGUGCUCAAACACCAGAUGAAAACGAGAAAUCUAGUGACGACCCCAAAAAGAAGGAGGAUGAAGCUAGAAACAGGGGAAGCCAAAGUAGGUGCAGCACAUCAAGAAAAAGUGGGGAUAGUGACAGCGGAGAUGACUGCUCAAAAUGCAGCACAGACCGGGUCAACUGUUGUCACCGCGAACAAGAUUCAGCAUGUAGCAGUCGGAUUCCAAAAGGGUCCGCCAAGGAGAAGGCGUUGAGGUUACUGAAGUUGGAUAUGGAAGAGAACCACUUCUGUUAUAGACCGCCAAGGAAUAUUAUAAGGAGUCGAGGCUAUGUCCAUUACUCUAGGAAAAGGCAGGGUGUGCUCAUCUACGCCGUCCAUGCUGAUUAUUACCUAUUGGUUCGCUGUUGUGCGAAGGUUGCUGAAGUCGAAACUAGGAUCAUGCAUACCGCAGUUUUGAGGAUAGAAAGGAGGUUGAGCUGGCUGGAGAAUAGAAUUGACCGAUCAUUGUUCAGCCAUUCAAAUCCAGGUAGUGGUUGUGAAUUCUGUGAGGGUGGUGUGAAAGAUGCUGGGAACGACACCGAUGAUUCGAACAUUUCAUGAAAUUCGGCUUAUCCAAAGCACGUUCCCGCCAACCUAUUUCGACAAUCCGCCCACACCGAACAACUCCUCGCCUGUACAAAAAGUGAAGCUGAAUAUCGAUGUAGUUAUUGUUAUGGUUUGGAAUGAUCAAUCGUGAGCAGAAAUUUUGUUUGAUUUGAAUGGGCAAUUAAUGAUAAUUCUACAAAAAAACAAAAGUACUUCAACAUUA